AUGGCCACGAAACCGAGCGAGGCCGGGUCACCGCCCGUCAACCCCCCGCUGAGGGUGUGCUCCGACGACGACGACGACCAUGACGGUGAUAAAAUCGAGCCAUUUAACCAGGCAAGCGGUGUAGAAGCCUAUCGGUCAGCGUCCCACGUUUCCGGCCCAGACGCCUUUCACCACAAUGCCGACGGCCCAGCCCCGGACACCGACGAAGCCAACGAGAUGUACGACCGCCUUGGUGCGCACCGCAAAACAAUCGUUGUCGCCGUCUGCUCCUUCUGCGCCUUUCUCUCGCCCAUGUCCAGCACCAGCAUCCUCGCCGCCACGCCCGAGGUGGCCGCCGAGUACCACACCACUGGCUCCAUCAUCAACGUCAGCAACGCCGGCUACAUGGUCUUCAUGGGCAUAUCUCCCGUCGUCUGGGGUCCCAUGAGCGAUGUCUUUGGCCGCCGCCCCGUGCUGUUACUGACGGCCGUGCUCUUCUUCCUGCUCAGCUUGGCGACAGCCCUGGCUCCGAACCUCGCCUCCUUUUUCGUAUUCCGUGCCGCCUCCGCGUUCGAGGGAACUUCCUUUAUCCUGCUCGGAGCGGCUUGUCUUGGAGACAUAUAUCGUCCAACUGAGCGUGGUACUGCCAUUGGAUGGUUUCUGUCGGGAACGCUCAUCGGGCCGGCGUUUGGGCCCUUCAUUGGUGGCAUCAUCGUCACGUAUGCGUCGUGGAGGUCUAUCUUCUGGUUGCAGACGGCCCUCUCUGGCACUGCAGUGCUCGGCGUCUUCUUCCUGGUUCCGGAGACGAUCCACCACAGGAAGUAUGCCGACCUCGAGGGUUAUUCGGCGCCGGACAGGAUGAAGGCGUUGCUAAGCAUGAUCAACCCCAUCAGACCACUGAGGCUCUUCCGAUACUGGAAUCAAGUCCUCGUGGCGUGUGGUAGCUCUGCGCUUGUCUGGAACAUGUACAGCCUGCUGACGCCGAUCCGCUACGUUCUGAACCCGCGAUUCCAUCUCGAAUCGCCUCUGCUCGGGGGCCUUUUCUACCUCGCUCCAGGAUGCGGAUACCUACUUGGCACCUUCAUGGGAGGUCGAUGGGCUGACAGGACCGUGCGCGUGUGGAUCAAGAAACGCAACGGAGUGCGUGUUCCUGAAGACAGGCUGCGAUCUGCGGUGCCUUUCAUGGGCCUCUUGAUGCCGGCGUGCAUCCUCAUCUAUGGCUGGGCCGUAGACAAGGCCGUCGGUGGCAUCCCUCUGCCUGUCAUCGUGCUCUUUCUCCAAGGAGUCGGCCAACUCUUUUGUUUUCCUUCGCUCAACACCUACUGUCUCGAUGUGAUGCCGGGGCAGGGAGCCGAGGUCACCGCCGCCAACUACUUUGUGCGGUACUUGGCCGGCUGCCUGGGAACGGCCGUGGUUCUCCCCGCCAUCGAGGGCGUCGGUGUAGGCUGGUUCCAGACCAUCUCUGCCCUCUUCCUUGUGGCGUCGACAAUCGGCGUCAUGGCUGCAAUUCGUUGGGGCGAAUCAUGGAGGAAGGCCACUGACGCGAAGAAGGCGCGGGAAAGAAUGCAGAAAAGGCAGCUGAACCGGAGCGCAUCGGCGAUGACAGCCAAAGACGACACGGCCGGGGUGUCGGACAAGGACAAAGAAGAGACCGACACGGAGAUGGGUGUCGACGGGAAUGAGAAGUCGGUCCCGGUGAGAAGCAGCAGUCCGGAGCCGGUCAAGCAAUCGCGAGCGUCACCCGAGAAGGGCUUUAAGCCAGCGUGA